GUCCUAUUAUGUAUGUGCAACUGGGGCUAGUACCUACAAUCGUUGCCUCGUCCGUUGAUGCAGCCGAGAAGGUCCUCAAGACAUAUGAUCACAUUUUUGCUAAUAGGCCUCAUCAUGAGGCAUCUCAACAUUUGGCUUAUGGCCAAAAAAAUUUGGUAUUUGCAAAGUAUGGUGACAAUUGGCGCAACAUACGAAAAUUGUGCACAGUGCACCUUUUGAGCAAUCAAAAGAUCCAUUCAUUUCAAUCCAUGAGAAAACAACAAGUUGAACUUCUUAUUCAGUCGCUUAAAAAGGAAGCUCGUGAUCGUGUAGUUGUUGAUCUUAGUGCAAAUUACGUCCUUGAAUGCUAACUUGACUUGCUUAAUGGUGUUUGGAAAGAAGUACAUGGAUGAGGACUUGGACAAAAGGGGAUUCAAAGCUAUUGUUCAAGAUGUUGUGCAUUUAUCAGCAACACCAAAUCUUGGUGAUUUUUUCCCCUUCCUUGGUGCUAUUGAUCUCCAAGGUAUCACUCGCAAGCUCAAGGAUCUUUCAAAGGUGUUUGAUGAGUUCCUUGAGAAGAUUAUUGAUGAACACGUUAACCCUCAUGAACAUAAGCAAAACAAGGACUUUGUGGACACCAUGAUGGACAUAAUGCAAUCUGGAGAAGCAAAAUUUCAGUUUGAUCGUCGUCACAUAAAAGCUAUCCUCUUUGACAUGCUUAUAGCUGCAAUGGACACUACAGCAUCAUCAACGGAAUGGAACGGAAUGGUUUAUAUAAAUUGAAAGUUUCUAGUAUAUGAUUUUGUAAUUGUUGUGUGCUUCCCCUGCUAAUCUACAAUAUACCUAAUUGAAUAUGUAUAUUCCAAAUGUCAUU